CUAUGUGUGUUCCCUGAUCCAGUCCAGUAGUCUGUGUCUUUUAAUUGCACUGAAUACUUGAUGGUUCGCUGUGUUGGACAAGAUUGGUUCUUCCUUUGCGCUCUCAUCUAUCCAUCCGUGGCCUUCAUGGACUGCCUUUGUGCACGGACAAGGAGCCCCAGCAGACAUGGCUCUAAAGGUCCACAUGCCUGGGCCUGUGUGUCUCAUUGAGAAUGCAAAAGGACAGCUGAGACCAAAUCAGAAGGCACUGGAGAUCCUGUCGGCCAUCACACAGCCUGUGGUGGUGGUGGCCAUUGUGGGCCUCUACCGCACGGGAAAAUCUUACCUGAUGAACAAGCUGGCUGGGAAGAAAUCGGGCUUUGCUCUGGGCUCCACAGUGCAGGCGCAUACAAAAGGAAUCUGGAUGUGGUGUGUGCCUCAUCCCCACAAGAAGGACCACACACUGGUACUGCUUGACACCGAAGGCCUGGGCGAUGUUGAGAAAGGUGACAACCAGAAUGACUGCUGGAUCUUUGCUUUGGCUAUACUUCUAAGCAGCACCUUUGUGUACAACAGCAUGGGACCCAUCAACCAGCAGGCCAUGGACCAACUGCACUAUGUGACCGAGCUGACAGAUCGGAUCAGAUCAAGGACCUCACCUGACCAAGAGGAAGAGGUGGAAGACUCAGCUGAGUUUGUGAGCUUCUUUCCUGACUUUGUGUGGAGCCUGAGAGAUAUGACCUUGAAAUUGGAAGUAAAUGGAGUCCGAGUCACAGCAGAUGAGUACCUGGAGAAUUCGCUGAAGCUCAAGGAAGGUACCUGCAAAGAGGUUGAAAAAUACAACUUGCCCCGACUCUGUAUUCGAAAGUUCUUUCCAAAGAAGAAAUGUUUUAUAUUCUAUCCACCCACUGAGUGGAAAAAGCUUUCCCUGCUGGAGUCUCUGCAAGAAAAUGAAAUAGAUUCUGAUUUUUUGCAGCAAGUAGCGGAAUUUUGUCUGUACAUCUUUAAGCAUUGCAAAGCCAAAACUCUUCCGGGAGGCAUACGUGUCAAUGGCCCACGACUAGAAAGCCUAGUGCUGACCUAUGUUCACUCCAUCAGCAGUGGAGAUCUGCCCUGCAUAGAGAACGCAGUCCUGGCCUUGGCAAAGAUAGAGAACUCGGCCGCAGUGCAAAAGGCCAUUGCCCACUAUGACCAGCAGAUGAACCAGAGGGUGCAGCUGCCCACAGAGACCCUCCAGGAGCUGCUGGACCUCCACAGGGCCAGUGAGAGAGAGGCCAUAGAAAUCUUCCUCAGGACUUCCUUUAAAGAUGAAGACCAUGCAUUUCAAAGGGAACUGGGGUCUCAGCUAGAAGAACGGUGGGAUGACUUCUGUAAACGCAAUCUGGAAACAUCAUCAAACCGUUGCCAGGCGUUGCUUCAGGAUAUCUUCAAACCCCUCGAAGAAGGUGUGAAGCAAGGCACUUACUCUAAGCCAGGAGGUUAUGGCCUCUUUGUUCAGGAAACACAGAGACUGAAGAAGGAGUACUAUGGACAACCAAAAAAGGGCAUACAGGCUGAAGAAGUUCUACAGACAUACUUACAAUCCAAGGAGGCUGUUUCUAAUGCCAUUUUACAGACAGAUCAGAGUCUGACUGAAAAGGAAAAGGAGAUUGAAGUGGAGCGUAAGAGAGCUGAAUCUGCUCUGGCUGCUGCAAAACUGUUGGAGGAAACACAGAAGAAGAAUGAGAAGCUGAUGGAACAGAAAGAAAAAAGUUAUCAGGAACAUAUGAGACAGUUGACUCAGAAGAUAGAGAAUGACAGAAUCCAGCUAAAGGCAGAACAAGAACGGACAUUAGCUAUUAAACUUCAGGAGCAGAAACAGUUACUCCAAGAGGGGUUCCGAGAAGAGAGCAGAAAGCUUCAAGAAGAGAUGAAGAAUGUGGAGAAGAGAUACAAAGAAAAAAUGGAUCACAUGGAAGCUGAAUCUUCAAAGACUAAAGUAAAAAUAAUGGAAGAAAUGCAAAGAAAAUAUGAUCAGCUGAUGGAAAAUAAAGACAGGAAUCAUCAGGAAUAUGUGCGACAGUUGAUAGAAAAGAUGGACAAAGACAGAGCUCAGCAAGUGGCAGAGCAAGAGAAAAUGAUGACUCGUAUGCUCCAGGAACGAGAGCUGCAUCUCAAGGAAGAAAUCUCUGAGGAGAGAAGAAAACAUCAGAAGGAGAUUCAGGAUAUAGAGGCAAAAAACAGAGAAAUACUCCUAAAAAUGGAAUCUGCACAAGCUCAGUCCUCAGAGAACACAAUAAAAAUGUUGAAGGAAAUGAAUGAGGUGAAUCUGAAGAUUAUGGGACGGAAAGAAGAAGCUUUCGAAGAUUAUUUGAAACAGUUGACUGAGAAGAUGGAAGCAGAUACAGAGAGGCUAAUGAAAGAGCAAGAGGAGAUCUUGACUAAUAAGCUGCAGGAACAAGAAGAAAUUUUUAAUGAAAAACUCAGGAAUCAAAACAAAAAGCAUGCGGAAGAAAUAAGGAAUAUUAAGAUGAAAAAGAAGAAUUCUGAUUGUUCCAUGAUGUGAAGAGUCUUUGCAUGCUGACUUCCUUCUCUACUCUCUCCUUUCAGGGCAGAAUCUUAUUGAUAUGGUUGAAACUGUCUCAGUUUCAUAACUAAAUAUUCUUCAAAAUAAUAAAGAUGUCAAAGUCUAAGAACAUA